UUUGGAUCUCAUUUAAAGAUGAAACUAUCUGAAGUUAAAACCCUAGGCUCCUCGUCUUCAUAUCAACUUGAAUUGAAAAACCUCAUCUUCUUCCUCGGAGCCGUCGGUCGCGUUGCAGAAGUUGCCGGAAAAUCAUCAGUCAUGAUGGAAAUACGAACUCCCAAGACCCACAAAGCCAAGCGUGUCCUCGAAAAGCGAGCUCCUAAGCUGGUUGAGAAUGGGAAGAAGACACUGAUACUUCAUGGAACAAAGACGAGCGCUACAGUUAGCUCUGUCUUGAUGGAGCUGUACCGUCUUAAGAAGGGAGGUGCCAUCAAGUACUCGAGGAGGAAUGAGAACAUUAGGCCAUUUGAGAGUGGAGGUGAAACCUCAUUAGAGUUCUUCUCUCUCAAAACCGAUUGUAGCAUCUUUGUGUAUGGCUCUCACACAAAGAAAAGGCCUGACAAUCUAGUGCUCGGAAGAAUGUAUGAUCACCAUGUCUAUGAUCUAAUUGAAGUUGGGAUUGAGAACUUCAAAUCUCUGCUAUCGUUUUCCUACGACAAGAAGAUAGCACCUCAUGAAGGAUCAAAGCCUUUUAUUUGCUUUACUGGAGAAGGUUUUGAGAAUGUACCCGAGCUCAAGCAGCUUAAAGAAGUCCUCACUGAUCUGUUUCGAGGCGAGGUUGUGGAGAAUCUAAAUCUUACGGGACUAGACCGUGCUUACAUAUGCACAGCGGUAUCACCAACUAAGGUUUUCCUUACUCACUGCGCUAUUAAGCUAAAAAAGUCAGGGACCAUCGUGCCUCGGAUAGAGCUUGUCGAAGUAGGUCCGUCCAUGGACUUGGUUAUCCGUCGUAACCGUCUUCCCAACGAAGGCCUAAGGAAAGAAGCUAUGAAAUCAUCUAAAGAUAAGCCCAAGAAGAAGGUGAAGAAUGUUGAUCAAGAUGAUGUGCUAGGGAAGUUAGGGAGGGUUUAUAUUCCUGAGCAGGAGGUCGGGAAAAUUCCAUUGCCGGAUAAAUCCAAGGGAGUGAAGAGAGAGCGAAGGGAGGGUAAAGUGAAGAAGAAUAAGGAAGAAGGGUCUGCUUCCAAAAAGCUAAAAGAGUCUGAGUAACUCACUACUACCCACUGCAUCAAACGACAGUUUCUUCAUGAGAAUCUAUUUCUAAAUGUUUUAUUAUACGCUUAUAUUAAUCGAGAUAGUUUUGUUUUGGUAAGUUGCCGCAGCCAAAGAAAGAGUAUUAUUAUUAUUAAGAGUUGAAACACACAUUUUUUUUUCUCUUUGAUUACUACAAUAGAAAUUGAAUUUUGUCUUUGGUAAAGGGAAUGUAUGUAUCGAACUUCAACUAAUCUUUGAACAAGAUAGUUUUCAUAACUAA